AUGCCGUCAUCUACUCCCGCAGACGAGAAACGGCAGCGCAAGAAGCUCCAAAACCGAGUAAAUCAGAGAGCACGUCGUCUCCGGCUCAAGAAUGAGCAGGGCAAAGGCCAAACCACCCGUCCAUACAGCGUCCACCGCUGGCGAGUCUCAGAAUACGAGACACCAUCAUCAUCAACCUCACCAACCAAUAACCACUCACACACCCUUUCUCAAGCACAGAACCUCUCUCAAACACAAACACAAACAGACCCUGAACCCUCCCUGACUUCAUCAUCAUCAUCAUCAUCAUCAUCCUCAUCACCCUCACCCCCCUCCCUACCCACCUCCUCCACCCCAAAUAUAUCCUCAGACCACCUCCUCCACCUAAUAACCCACAACGUCUUCCGCGCCCUAUACACCAACAAAC